AUUCAUGGAAUGAGCGGCAAGUAGCUGUAUCACGUGUUCUACUCUUAUUCGCUUGACCUCUGCAUUCCUAAUCCCAUGGCCGGAGUUCUAGAUUUCUCUCAAGCUCCUAUUUGCCGGUCCUUUCCCGAUCGUCGGAGAACACCCAGAACCUCAGUCUUCGUUAGAGCCACUUCAGAAGCCCCACUUAAUUCCUCUUCUUCUUCUCAAACAGGCAUCCAAGAACCAAUAAUAUUUACUGCCCCACCUAAUUUCAAGCCGCCUGAGCCAAAGCGAUUCAACGUUAGACCCGACAAGGUUUUGGACAUCGUGGGGGCCUCUCUUGCUCUGUUGUUUCGGUUGGGUACGGGUAUUUUUGCUUCUGGGUACUCUGCAUCUUUUGUUUCCAAGGAUGAGAUUCCGCCUGACCAGUAUGCUCUAGAAAUAGCAGGUUUUAAACUCAAAGAGACCUCCAAGUUAGGCCCUCGUCCAGAGAAACCUAUUGAGAUAUACGAGUUUGAAAGCUGUCCAUUUUGUCGAAAGGUCAGGGAAAUUGUCGCUGUAUUGGAUCUUGAUGUUUUGUAUUAUCCUUGUCCAAGAAAUGGUCCAAAUUUCCGUCCCAAGGUUGCUCAAAUGGGUGGGAAACAGCAGUUCCCUUACAUGGUUGAUCCAAACACAGGAGUCUCAAUGUACGAAUCAGAUGAUAUAAUUAAGUAUUUGGUGGGAAAAUAUGGUGAUGGAAGUGUUCCUUUUAUGCUCUCACUUGGUCUACUAACGACUUUAACUGAAGGGUUUGCAAUGAUUGGUCGAAUGGGAAAGGGUUCUUCUUAUACACCAUCAAAAUUGCCACCCAAACCACUUGAAAUAUGGGCAUAUGAGUCUUCCCCAUUCUGCAAAAUUGUUCGUGAAGUACUUGUAGAGUUAGAGAUACCACACUUACUUCGCAGUUGCGCUCGUGGCAGCCCAAAACGACAGGUUCUUUAUGAGAAAGCUAAACAUUUCCAGGUACCUUACUUAGAAGACCCAAAUACAGGGGUGCAAAUGUUUGAAAGUGCAGAAAUUGUGGAGUAUUUAAAAGCAACCUAUGCCUCAUGAUGGGCAAUUCUGUUAAAGAGCUUCAGAGGUUUUCUUAGUUCUCGUGUACAUGUUCUUUCCCUCUUAUAAUAUCCACACUUUUUGUUUCUUUGGCAUGUUAGCAUACUGUAGUGGAUGUGUUAAUGUUGCAAUAUGUUUCUUUUCGAUGAAAUUAAGUCCCCUUGUUUUGGUGGCCUGUACUGGAGAACUGGGCCAUAUGUCAUAGUGAGAUAGAUAAAUGGGAGAUUACCAUUUGCUGUUUCGGAUGAUUUCUGUGCUUCUGGUGGACCCUUGAUUUUUCUCUUCUUUUUCUGGCUUACCAACAAGAGGAAACUAGUUGCAGGGAUUUGGUGGUGAUUAAAAUGUAACAAGUAGAUGGCUAGAUAAAGCGGUCUGGUAUGUAAACCAAUAUUUUAUGUUUUCCUGACAAUAAUAUUUUUCUUUUUUCUGCAA